AUGGCCGGUUUGGAGCUGUUGUAUUCGUGCUGCGGGGACUCCAUCUCAUGUCCGCAGGACGCCGUCGUGUCUUUUGUCCACUGGGAGGUCGUCAAAAGUGGAUACAAGUGCCUCGGUUCCGGCGAUGAGGCUGCGAGCAGCGACAAAAAAUCUGAACUUUUGCCGUCGGGCUGGAGCAGCAACAAGGUGGAGUACGCCCUGAGGUACGCCUCGGAGCUGGGCGACACACAGCUGCUGCUCAAAGCACUCUUGGUGGAUUCGGCGUUGGUCUUCAACCUCAUGAAUCGCAGCACGCAGCAAAGCUCGGACGUGAUCGUCAACCUCAACGAGCACGUGGACGCCGCGCAGCUGCGCACCUUCGACAGAGUGUUCAAGGAUGCUGGUGGCCUGGCGGCGGCAGUCCGGUCUCAGCUGCUGCCAUCGCGGGAUAAACUGACGCAAGCAGAGCAAAGCGAGCGCGCGCGCAGGCAGGACGAGUACCACCACCCGGACGACGACCCCAUGCGCAUCCCCGACAGGCACCCCAGACAUGCAGCCCAGCCGCACUGGCCCGACCCUAUGGGUCCGCCGUUCUCGGUGGGAGGCGCCGAUCUGGAUCCCUUGGGAUCGGUGACAGGCGGCGGUAUGAUCGUGGACCCCCUCCGUAUGGGCUACCCCCGCUCAGGUUUCGACCCGUCGAGCGGCAUACCAGACAUCCUGCCUCCUGGUGCCGUGCCGCCCGGCGCUCGUUUCGACCCGUUUGGACCGAUCGGACGACACCGGCCCGGGCCCGACCCGGACCAUCUGCCACCACCAGGCUUCGACGACAUGUUCAUGUAG